CCAAAACAGAUAAACAGAUUGGUAAACAAAUCGGGCAAAGAAAGCCAAACCAACCGACCGAUUCAAACGGGCUUUUAGGUGCGGAGUUUCCAUUGCAAUUCACCGCUAGAUCGUCGUUUUUUUCAACGCUGAAAUGGCAGGUGUGCUCUUCGAGGACAUUUUUGACGUCAAGGAUAUCGAUCCCGAGGGCAAGAAGUUCGACCGCGUGUCGCGUUUGCACUGUGAGAGUGAAUCCUUCAAGAUGGACCUGAUCCUGGACAUCAACAACUGGAUCUACCCCAUGAGUCUAGGCGAUAAAUUCCGCUUGGUCUUGGCCACCACCCUCCGCGAAGACGGCUUCCCCGAUACGGGCGAUUGGAGUCCCAUGGACAAUAGUUUGAACACACGAGCCAACAGCUUCGAAUACGUCAUGCACGGCAAGAUCUAUCGGAUUGAGGGCGAGGACUUUGGUUCGGAACCCUCGGGCCGUUUGGCCGCUUACGUGUCUUAUGGUGGCCUACUGAUGCGGCUCCAAGGCGACGCCAACAAUCUCCACGGCUUUGAAUUGGAUCACACUGUGUAUUUACUCAUGAAGAAACUGGCUUUCUGAAGCGUUUCCUUAGAUUUAUCCUAUUCCGUGUACUUGUACUUGAAAAAAUAAAGGCGUGAUGACGCUUCACUUUCUUA